AUGGAGGACAACAACGCUCAGAACUUGCCCAUCACCUGCGCCAAUGGCUGCGGCUUCUACGGUAACCCCAUCAACAACAACAUGUGCUCCAAGUGCUUCAAGGAGGUCGGCCAAAAGAACAACAACGCUGUCUCUAAUACCGGCGUCGAGACUGCCGGAUCACCCUCUCAAAAGAUCACCCAGCCCACUAUCCCCCUCACACAAUUGGCUCCUGCCGCAGCCUCGCCUCCAACAAACCCUGCCGUCGCCUUCACGCCACCAACAGCACAGCCCACGGCGGCACCCGCACCAGCACGACCAUCACAGCCCGCUACAUCCUCAUCCUCCUCACCGAUCGCACCAACAAGUACUGCCGCCCCAGCGGGCGACGGCGCACCCGGCGAGAAGGCCGUCCAGGCAAACAAGGGAAGGUGUUUCAUGUGCCGUGCCAAGGUAAAGAACGGGAGCCCGCAUUCAUCAUAUUUAUCACGUUGCAAUCUUCUUAUAUCAUAA